GACGCUCUGCACACGGCGCGAACGUGGCUCAACGAGCUGCAUGCACAGACGAUCCCCAUUGCGGCCAUUGGCGAAUUGACCUUCAGCAGAUCAUCGGGCCCUGGCGGCCAGAACGUGAACAAAGUCAAUUCCAAAGCCACUCUAAAAGUCCCCAUCGAUGCCCUGCUGCGCCAUGUCCCUGCAGCGCUCCAUGGCGACAUCAAGCGCUCGCGCUACUACGCUGCAAACUCGGCCGCCCUCGUCGUCCACGCCGACGACAGUCGCAAGCAGAGCGACAAUGUCCGCAGCUGCUUCCGCCGCCUGCACGACGCCAUUGUCGACGCCGCCCGCAAGGCUGUGCCCGCCCAGGCGUCGCCAGAGCAGGCCCACCGCGUGAAGCUUCUUCAAAAAUCCGAUAACGAGCGCCGCCUGAAAAACAAAAAACUGCAAAGCGCUAAGAAAUCCUCCAGGCGAGGCCGGGGCGAC